AUGGCGACCACUGUUGUUGCGCCUGAGAUGGCCUCUAUCUUCGACAAGCUCUCGCUCGAGGGCGACCGCUCGGCCGUGGCGUCUGAGCUGGCCACCGCCGUCAAGGCGGGCGGCGUCUCGGCGCUCGUCAACAGCGGCGCGCUGGCCCAGCUGAAGGCCGGCGUGGAGGCCAAGGAGGCCGGCGCGCGGGAGGGUGCCCUGCUGGCGAUCGCCGCCGUCGCUGACGGCGUCGGCCGCCCUGCGGAGCCCUACCUGAUGCCCCUGCUGGGUCCCGUCCUCGCCGCCCUGGCUGACAAGGCGACGCCCGUGCGCGCGGCCGCGCAGAAGGCGCAGGCGUCUCUGGAGGCGCUGCUCAACCCCCACGGCAUCGGCGCGGCGCUGCCGACGCUGUUUGAGGCCAUGCUGGCGCAGAAGUGGCAGUCCAACGAGGGCGCCUGCAAGAUGCUCAGCGCGCUGACUGACCGCGCGCCCCGCCAGGUGGCGCUGUGCCUGCCCGAGAUCGUGCCCGUCGUGACCGAGGCCCUGGGCAACGCCCGCCAGGCCGUCAAGGACGCCGCCGUGGAGGCCAUGACCAAGUGCAUGUUUGUGGUCGGCAACCGCGACAUCGAGCAGUUCAUCCCCAUCCUGGUCAACUGCCUGCAGAACCCCUCCACCGUGCCCGACACCGUGCACAAGCUCGCCUCCACCACCUUUGUGCAGACCGUCGAGGCCCCCACCCUGUCCAUCAUGGUGCCCCUGCUGGUGCGUGGCCUGCGCCAGGACAACACCACUGCUAUCAAGCGCAAGGCCUGCCUCAUCAUUGAGAACAUGGCCAAGCUGGUGGACAACCCCCUGGACGCCGUGCCCUUCCUGCCCAAGCUGCUGCCUGCGAGGGAUGGGUGCUGA